AAAUAAACGAAAUUUUAAAACUUGCAGAAUUCAAGUCAGAAAUGCAUGAAAGAAUAUGGUAACUUGUCUCUGAAAUAAAAGUAUAUUUGAAUGAUUUCCCGCUUGGCACGUUAUGUUGUCAGAAGCCCCCAAAUUAAACGAAUCCAGGGUCUAUUUUUCAAGUGUGAAUUGUUGGUAGCAAGUCGAAGUAUUUGUACACACGAUUUCACCGACGAAAUGUCUUCGAAGUCCUACCCAUUAGAGCUUGAUCCCCCACCAGGAUUUCUUGCUGAAAGAAUUCAGAUGUUUGAUCGACUCAAGGCUGAAUAUGAUGCAGAAGUUGCAGCAAAAGCAGCUGAAAACAAACCAAUCAAGAUCACAUUGCCAGAUGGUAAAGAAAUUGACGGCGUUGCUUGGAAGACCACCCCUUAUGAAGUAGCAGCCUCAAUAAGCCAAGGAUUGGCGGACAAUACUGUAAUUGCAAAGGUGAAUGAAGAGGUUUUUGAUCUGGAUCGACCUCUCGAAGGUGAUUGUAAACUGCAGCUGCUGAAGUUUGAUGACAAAGAAGGUCAACAGGUGUUCUGGCAUUCCAGUGCUCACAUCAUGGGUGAAGCCAUGGAGCGCCAUUAUGGCGGACUUUUGUGCUAUGGCCCCCCAAUUGAAGAGGGAUUCUAUUAUGACAUGUUCUUAAAGGAAAGACAAGUCUCCAGCAACGAUUAUUCAAAUCUUGAAACGGUGAUGAAACGUAUUGUCAAAGAUAAGCAAGAAUUUGUUCGGCUUGAAAUGAAAAUAGAAGAUCUAUGUGAAAUGUUUAAGUACAAUCCUUUUAAGCUGCGAAUCAUCAAACAGAAAAUUAAAACACCCAAAACAACUGUCUACAGAUGUGGACCUUUGAUAGACUUGUGUCGUGGACCGCAUGUAAGACACACUGGAAAGUGCAAAUCUAUUGCUCUUACGAAGAAUUCGGCAACCUAUUGGGAAGGGAAUUGUGAGGCUGAAUCAUUACAAAGGAUUUAUGGGAUCUCAUUUCCUCAAGAGAAACAAUUGAAAGAAUGGAAGAAAUUCCAAGAAGAAGCAGCCAAACGAGACCAUCGCAAAAUUGGUCAGGAGCAAGAGUUGUUCUUUUUCCAUGAAUUAAGUCCUGGCAGUUGCUUUUUCCUUCCAAAUGGUGCUCAUAUUUACAAUACUUUGAUCAAUUUCAUCAAGGAGGAGUACUGGAAGCGCGGAUUUCAGGAAGUGGUGUCACCGAAUAUCUACAGUACCAAACUAUGGAUGACCUCAGGCCAUUGGCAACAUUACUCCGAAAACCUGUUCAAAUUUGAUGUGGAAAAAGAGGCUUACGCUCUAAAACCCAUGAACUGCCCAGGGCAUUGUUUGAUGUUUGAUCACAGACCUCGCUCUUGGCGUGAGUUGCCAUUCCGUAUGGCAGAUUUCGGCGUGCUGCACCGUAAUGAACUGUCAGGAACACUCAGUGGUCUCACCAGGGUGAGAAGGUUCCAACAAGACGAUGCUCACAUAUUCUGCACGAUGGACCAGAUUCCGCAAGAGAUUGAUGGCUGUCUUGAUUUUCUUCGAGCUGUUUACGACACGUUUGGCUUCACAUUCAAAGUGGAACUUUCGACGCGACCUGAGAAAUACAUGGGUGAGCUUUCAAAAUGGAACGAAGCAGAAAAGAAACUUGCUGCGGCUCUUGACAAGUUUGGACAGAAAUGGGAAGUCAAUCCUGGCGAUGGUGCGUUCUAUGGUCCGAAGAUUGACAUUCAAAUAAUGGACGCCUUGAGACGUUCUCAUCAGUGCGCCACAAUUCAACUCGACUUUCAACUGCCUGAACGAUUCAACCUCACUUACGCAAGUGGUGAGGGUGAUGAGAGACUACGACCAGUCAUUAUCCACCGCGCUAUCCUGGGUUCUGUUGAGAGGAUGAUCGCCAUCUUGACGGAAAGCUUUGGCGGGAAAUGGCCCCUGUGGUUGUCACCACGCCAAGCAAUUCUCGUUCCUGUCAGUAAUAAGUACGAUGAAUAUGCUGAACAGGUUCGAAAGAAGCUUCACGAUGCUGGAUUUCACGUUGACACUGACCUGGACCCGGGUUGCACUCUUAACAAGAAAGUCCGCAACGCUCAACUUGCCCAAUAUAACUUUAUCCUCGUGGUUGGCGAGAAAGAGAUGACAUCGGAGACAGUGAAUGUUCGUACGCGUGAUAACAAGGUACACGGCGAAAAAUCGGUGACGGCCGUUAUCGACCGCUUCCGAGAACUUGUUCAAUCCCGAAGUCGCACUAGCGAAGACGAUUUUUGAACUCAGCUUUGUCAGGACAUAAAUUGUAAGAACCAUGAAUCAGCAGCUAAACUUUAGAUAUAAUAUCAAUAAAUGAAUUCGACAGUUGCAUUUUAUUUUUUGAUAUGCAAUUGCCCAGAGCUCGCCUGCCGUUCCACCCGCGUCCAGAGUCCUAGAACUUAAUCCAACGAACUACUAAGGGGCUGU